AUGACAGCGCACACAGAAAUAAACAACUCCAUUUCAACAGGAUUGGGGUUCGCAUCUCCUUCAGAUUUCCAUCAUCGCUUCAUUGAUCAAAAAAAAAUAUUAUGCCAUCCCGGAUUUACCAUAGAUAAAAGUGUGGUCACCGGGGGUGGCACCGCGUUAUUCAUUGACGCUGAAUCAUUGCAACUAGACACAAUUGAUGAUGACUACAUCACCGUUUUAACAGUCCCGACACAACAAACCAUAUCUAUGGAAACAUUCAAGCAAUGCUUCGAACAAGAAAAAUCCCGCUGUGACUCGUUUUGGAACAACAAUUUGGAAAAAAUCCAAGAUUUCAACAACCAAAUCAUCGAUAGCCAACAAGUGAAUUUCACCAUCGUCAAGGCCAAACAACUAAUCAUCCCCAUCAUCAACAAAACCAAAGAUGACGUCAGAGAAUCGGCAAUCGACGAAUCAAUUCUUGUUUGUUUGAAAGUUUAUCAAAACUAUCGUACUUACAUGGUCAACUAUUUUACCCACCAUCAUUAUUCAUAUUCCGCCACCUUUAUCGAUUUUUUCCAGCACUCAAAAUUAGCAAUCUGGGAUGAUUACCUCAAUAUCUUAUUUAGUGAAACCACCGCUAUCCCAACCAUUGAAAAUAUCGUGAAAUUUAAAAAUGGCUCGACUAUCGAUGACCCCGACGCUGACAAUGAUGAUUUGGUGUACCAUUUCACCAAAUCAUACCCCCAUGGUCUUAUUGGAGCCACUUGUGAAAAAGCAUUGAUGAACCGGUACUUCCAUUAUGAAGAUAUCAUCGAUAGAAUUUCAUCGGCAUUCAAACUUCUCCACCAUGAAAAUGAAAAUGAAAAUGAUGAUGAUGAAAUUUAUAGUCAGUACAUUCAAACCCAUUUACUAUCUUUGCAAUCUUUCCAUCAAUGUUUUGCCAUAGUAAGUUCUAGGUGUCUAGAAAUCCCUCACAGUUUAAAUCAAGAGCUCAAGGAUUUGGAUAUUGUUCAUAAUUCAAAAGAUUUCACUACCGAUACUACUCUUGUUCCCAUCUUGGACUUUGCCAACCACAGUAACUCUAAACAAUAUUAUAAUUCCAAAUUCGAUGUCAACACAGAUGGGAAUCCAAUAUUAAAGAUCGAUGUCCUGGCAUUAAAGUACCAAAUGGCAAACCAUCCGGGCCAAAAAGAAUUUGAAAUUUUCAUUUCUUAUGAUGUUUCCAAAGCAGUUAGUUUUCUUUGCCAAUAUGGGUUUACCCCAACAGACCUAAACAACACUGAUGUUUGGGAGGUUUCCCUUACCUCGAUUGAUCAGUCCAAGGAUGAAUCUUUAUUCGCUGGUGAAUUGUUGCAUCCAAUGUUUCCUGAACUUUGCAAGUGGUUCAAAAUUUUGCCAACUUUCCAACUCAUAUUGAAAUUCAAUCAAAAUGGGGAAAUCGCCGUGGAUAAAAUAAAUUUACUUCCGAGAUAUAAUAAUAAUGGAGACUCAUCAAAACUGCAAUCUGUCGAAGAUCUAUUGACGUUAUUCCACCCAAAUAUUAAUAAAUUGAAAUACAAUGAGUCGUGUUUUGAUAAAUUCUACAACAAAGACGAAGCCAAAUCUGCAGGGUAUAAAUCGGUCAAGGAAUACGGGAAGAUUUUGAAUUAUCAUAAAAGAAGUUAUGUGGAAGUUACCACUCAGAACGGGUUCUACUUACCAAAAAAUAAAAAAUCGAAAUUUUAUCCAAGUAGUUUAUCAGAAUUGCGUGAUGCCCUCAAUAAUGGUGCUGCCGAGUGUGAAAACCAAUCACUAAAAAAUUUCAAGGAGUUUAUUGGGGAUGUUUACGUACCUUAUAGAUUAUUGCAGUUGACCAAUUUGAAAAUAGAAAUUGCUGAUGAUUUUUUCAUGGGUAACUUCGAUAAUGCGCCAUCGGUGUUGAAAGACAUCAUAAAGCUUGAAGAAGAUUGUCUAGUGGCUCUCAAGCAAGCUUUACAAAACAGCGAUAAAAAUAUCUUUACGAUUAGCAAGCAACAGUAUUGUGAUUAUUGGAAUGAUAUGAGAAUGAUUCCGUUGCUAACCGAUAACAGCGAGGAAUUUGGAGAUAAUGAAGAAUAA